CCUUCUACCUCUGCGGCCGCUCUCAAGCUGGAAAUAGAACGUUUGAAAGGUGCCAUUGAUCAACGCAAGACCGGAAGACAAGCAGCUCGUCCGACAUAUCCAGCCUCGACCCCGACCUACCCUCGUAGCAACAUCUAUGUGAACCCGAACUACAAACCGCCAUCUAAGACAUACCGACCACCAGUGCCUGCAGCUGUGCCAGCACCAAAACCUGCUCCUAGGCCCCCGGUAUCUACAUCCAAGGAGACGCGGGAUGUCGUCAUCGACGGUGUCGCGUUCGAGUCUUCAGGUCGAUCUCUGGUUCGUAAAGAUUGUAAGUUCAGCGCUCUUACCUCAAGACGUGCGCUGGCAGCAUAGUCGCCGUUGGGUCUGCUUCGAUCGCUAGACCGAAGUGUUGCCCGGUGUAGUUGACCAACAACGCAACCACCGUAUAACCUCAGUCUGGACACCCACGAGGGACUACGUCGAUUUCGUGUACUCGAUACUGUCCAUACAGCUAAGCCAUUCUAUUCUAGUACCGAAACCUGCUUCCAAGCCGCCAUCGACCACGGCAAGUGCCCCAUCAGCCGGACCACGUCUCUCAUUUGUUAGGAACAAAGCGGGCACGUUCACGAGUGGUCCUCGGCCGUACAAACCAAAGACAUCAAGGCGUGGCCGUCCGGUCAAUCGUAACAUGACCCUUGAUAAUACCCGAAGACCCUACCAACGCCGCCUCAAUCCCAAACGCAAAUACUCCGACAAGCAAUGCCCGCGCUUCACGACGACUGGAUCAUGCAACCGUGGCCUAACUUGUUUCUAUCAACACGAUCCGUCCAAGAUCGCCAUCUGCUGGCCUUUCUUACAAGAUAAAUGUCCUAACACGGCCGAGACGUGCCCUCUAUCGCACGACCCGACGCCUCAACGCACGCCGCUCUGCGUGCACUUCGCCAACAACGGCCGCUGCAACCGCCCGAACUGUCCCUUUCCACACGUCCGCGUCGGUCAGCGGGAAGGUAUUUGCCGGGACUUUGCUGUGCUUGGCUACUGCGAGAAAGGGCUCGACUGUGACAAGCAACACGUCCGCGAGUGUCCUGACUUCGCCGAGAAGGGCAAUUGUACCACGAUGGGAUGCAAGCUACCUCACGUCAUCCGUGCCAACCGCAAUCGCAAGGCAGCAAUUCCUUCUUCAACUUCAACAUCUGCGUCCUCUUCCGGAACUACUUCUUCAGCUACCUCUGACGCUGUUGCAGUAACUGAUGGUGCGUCUAGCUCUCGUCAGCUCACAGCUGAGGAUGGGCAGCUCGGAGAUGAGUUCAUCUCCCUCACUUUCCACGAAAGUGAGAGUGAAGAAGACGAUGAAGAUGAGGAAGAUGAAGACCAGGAAGACGACGAGGACAUAGAUGACGGCGAAGAGGAGCAAGCCCAUAGUGAAGCCGAUGUAGAUGAGCAGUAACAUCUUGUAUAGCCUGGAUUUCUCUUGUUCAUGUGUAUAUACCAUCAUGUGCUAGCUCGACGUUAUGCAAUAUAGCGUGAAG